UCUGUACGAGAGAGCUAGUUAGUCAAUAAAAGAAUAAAGAGUUACGUGAUAGUUUGACUGCGUCCAAGCUUACUAUACUAUAAAUAUUACACACUAUCUUAACAAAUAAGCUUGAUUAAAUAAUCCCAAGUAGUAGUAGAAAAUCAAAGACACGUUCAACCAAAGUCCUCACAAAGUCAAUUUCUAAUUGUUUGAUUUUUGUUCCUUCUUAAUUUCUCUGUCUCUUUCAUAUUUAACAUUUGAAAAGCAAACUGAAAAUUAAUUAAGAUAUGGGUAGAGCUCCAUGCUGUGACAAAGCUAAUGUGAAAAGAGGGCCAUGGUCUCCUGAAGAAGAUGCCACUCUCAAACGAUACCUUGAGACUCACGGCACUGCUGGUAACUGGAUUGCCUUGCCCAACAAAGCUGGCCUUAAAAGAUGUGGGAAGAGUUGCCGUUUACGGUGGCUGAAUUAUCUCCGGCCAGACAUCAAACAUGGAGGUUUUACUGAAGAGGAAGACAAAAUCAUUUUCACUCUUUAUGGUCAAAUGGGAAGCAGAUGGUCACUAAUAGCAUCUCAUCUGCCUGGAAGAACUGAUAAUGAUGUGAAAAAUCAUUGGAAUACCAAGUUAAAAAAGAAGCUACUUGGAGAAAAAACAAGCCCACAAAACAAGAAUAUUGAUUCUGCUAAUUACACCAAUAUUACAGAUUCUUCCUCAACAUCUUCUACACUGCCCUGUGUCCAAAAAUCUGAUCAAAUUAAUUGUACCAGUCUCAGUUUUUGGGAUUCAUUGACUCAAACUUCAGUAACAUUGCCUAUCAUAUCUGAUCAUGUACCUUAUGAUUACCCUUUUGCCAAUACUACCCAUCAAACCCUAAAUUUAGAUGACCAAAUUCAGUUUUCUCUGCCACCUGGAGCCUUGGACAUGUCUGAAUUGGGGGGGAAUUUGGUAAAUAAUCACAUUGUUUCACCAUCUCAAGAAGGUUCAAGCAUUUCAGACUCAUCUAAAUCUAUUGUUAUGGAUCAUAAUAACAAAUUAUUGGAUUCAGGAUUCAGUUUUCCAUUUGAUCCUCUCAAUUACAAUGGCUUUUUGUUUCAAGAAGAACGUAAUCAUAUUGAUCAAGUUGCUCCUUCAGCUAAUUACUAUCAAGACUUUAGUGGUUUUCGCAACGAUUCCGCUGAAUAUUGAUCCACGAGAAAUUCUUACAUGAACCUAGAAAACAGUGUGACACGUAGCGUUAUUGAAUGAAAUCCAACAUUAGUGUAAUUAAUUAAUAAUAGAUGAUGAUGUAGAGUUAAUGGGUUGGGAUGCUUUACUUAUGAUGAUAACAUGUACUAUCACUUUCAAGUAACUGAUUUUAGGAAAAAUUGAUAUGGGAAUUACAUUAUGUAUUAAAAGAUAAAUGUAUUUUUUUAAGGUAUGGUUUUAUAUACUUGAAAUCAAGGUAAAGUAAGGGGGAAAAUGGCAUCAGCAUGUCUGCUGGUUUGUUGGUGAGGUUGAGUAGUCAUGAAAGUUGCAUGUAUGGUAUGGCCUAUUCAAACUUCACAAUAAAAGAUUCUUUCUCA